UCAAGUAUUACCUGUGCAUACUGUCUAGUGCAAGUAAAGUGGCGAUUUAGCAUGUGACGCCCAUUCUAUAUAUACAACCCAAACCUCCUGUCCAUUUCCAUCAACUCACCCCAUUUUUCUCGUGUUUACCUUCAGAACAUGGCCAAUCUCAGUCUUCCCUCAUCACUGCUCCUCCUCUUCGUCCUUUGCAUUUCAGGCACGGCGGAAUCUGCCUUUGUCAGACGCUCCCAUGCACGGGCCUACAUCGAGGCCUCAUGUCGGUCCACCCGCUAUCCAGCUUUGUGCAUCAAGUACCUCUCUGGUUUUGCAAACUCAACUAUUCAAAAUCCACAACAGUUGGCCCAAGCUGCCUUAUUGGCGAGCUUGUAUAGGGCGCGGUACACAAGAUCAUACAUGUUAAAGGUGACAACAGAACUGAAAGCAACGAAAGCUAAGGAGUACCAAGCGGUAAAAGAUUGCUUAGACCAAAUAGAUGAUAGCGUGCAGCAACUUAGCCAGUCGAUUAGAGAGCUACGUCGCUUUGGAGGCCAUGAAGAAUCUGAGAAUAGCGAAGACGUGUUUUGGCACAUAAGUAAUGUCGAGUCAUGGACGAGCGCCGCUCUGACGGAUGCUAGCAAUUGCGCUGAACAGUUUCGAGGGAGAAAAAUGAACAAAUUAAAAGCCACGAUUAAGGGCAAAGUUUUGAAUGUGGCACAGGCCACCAGCAAUGCAUUAGCUUUGUUUCACCGGUAUGCGUCUAGGUAUAGAACAACUGCCACUGCCAAUAAUAAGGCAUAAGGUUAGUGCAUGAUUGGAAUCUGCAUAUGGAAAGAUCGUCUGUUAUUGUGCGUCAAAUGCGUCCAGUUUAGAGUUCUAAUAUGUUGUAAUAUAAAUAUGAUCAUGAUGUUUUAUAUAUUCAAUACUAAUUAACCUUAAGAUUAGUCGUGGA